AUGAGUAUCUUCGAAGGAAAAGAUAAGGAGAUUUCGUCAGUUGAGUCGAAAGACAUCAAAUACGACAACAACAACAAGGUUGACACCACCAUUGUGGGCCAGAACUUCAACUUCGACAAAGAGUUUGAGGAGUUGGAGAUCUUGGCUGCCCAGGUCAACGAAAAACCAUCUUUUGUCGACAGACUCUUAUCCAUGGAGUACAAGGUGGAGUUCAGAAACAGACAGCACAUGGUUUACCUUUUGGGAGCUUUCGCUGCCGCUGCUGGUUUGUUGUCUGGUUUGGAUCAGUCCAUUAUCUCUGGUGCCCAAAUCGGUAUGAAGAAGGAGUUGCACAUCACCACCUCUCAGAUGUCGUUGGUGUCUUCUCUUAUGCCUCUUGGAGCCUGUGCUGGUUCCAUCAUGAUGACCCCAUUGAAUGAAUAUUUGGGAAGAAGAACUUCCUUGAUCAUCUCUUGUAUCUGGUAUACUAUUGGAGGUGUUUUGUGUGCUGCUUCCCAUAAUCAUCACUUGUUGUACGCUGGUAGAUUCCUUCUUGGAAUUGGUGUUGGAAUCGAAGGUGGAUGUGUGGGUAUCUAUAUUUCCGAGUCUGUCCCUGCCAACGUUAGAGGUAACAUUGUUUCGAUGUACCAGUUCAAUAUUGCUUUGGGUGAGGUUUUGGGUUUCGCUGUUGCUGCCAUGUUCUACUCUGUUCACGGAGGCUGGAGAUUCAUGGUCGGUUCCUCAUUGGUUUUCUCCACCUUGUUGUUCAUUGGUUUGUUCUUCUUGCCUGAGUCUCCACGUUGGUUGGUGCACAAGGGAAGAUACGGAAUGGCCUACAACGUUUGGAAGAGAUUGAGAGACAUCAACGACGAAAAGUCUAAGCUUGAAUUCUUGGAAAUGAGACAGGCUGCCUUCCAGGAGCACGAGAGAAGAGCCCAGGAGUCUACCUGGAAGAACGCAGUGGACUUGUUCACUAUUUCUAGAAACAGAAGAGCACUUACUUACGCAGUUAUUAUGGUUACUUUGGGUCAAUUGACUGGUGUCAACGCUGUCAUGUACUACAUGUCUGAUUUGAUGGCUGCUAUCGGAUUCUCUGAAAAGAACUCUGUCUUCAUGUCUCUUGUCGGUGGUGGAUCUUUGCUUCUUGGUACCAUUCCAGCCAUUUUGUGGAUGGACCGUUUCGGAAGAAGAGUUUGGGGUUACAAUAUUGUUGGUUUCUUCAUCGGUUUGGUUCUCGUUGGUGUUGGUUACCGUUUCAACCCAGUUACUGAGAAAUCUAAGGCUGAAGGUAUCUAUUUGUCUGGUAUUGUCAUUUACUUCUUGUUCUUCGGUUCUUACUCCACAUUGACGUGGGUUAUUCCUUCCGAAUCUUUCGAUUUGAAGACCAGAUCCUUGGGUAUGACCAUCUGUUCUACUUUCCUUUACUUGUGGUCGUUCACUGUCACUUACAACUUCGCUAAAAUGAAGUCUGUUUUCACAUACACCGGUUUGACAUUGGGAUUCUAUGGUGGAAUUGCCUUCCUUGGUCUUAUUUACCAGGUUCUCUUCAUGCCUGAGACCAAGGAUAAGACUUUGGAAGAGAUCGAUGACAUCUUCAACAAAUCCGCUUUCACCAUUGCACGUGAGAAUGUUUCUAACUUGAAGAGAGGUAUUUGGUAA